AUGUCACAGCCAUGGGAUUACAUCGCUAAGCUUGUCUGUAUUGGUGACUCGGGCACCGGGAAGUCCAGCCUCACCAUCCGCCUCUGUGAAGGCCGCUUUUCCCCCUCUCACGAUGUCACUAUUGGGGUUGAGUUUGGGUCGAGGAUUGUGCCCGUGGGCCCACCUGCCUCGCUACAGCUGGGUCUAGACGAGCGUUCUCACAGUUCCUCUGGACCUUCCGGCGAGACCCUAGAGGAGUCUACAGCCUCGGGUCUUCCCACCCCACCGCGCAAGCCGCAGGACUCGUCCGUUCAGAAACGGAUGAAGCUUUCUCUCUGGGACACUGCUGGCCAGGAAACCUACAAAUCCAUCACUCGCUCCUACUUCCGCGGCGCCUCCGGUGCCCUCCUCGUCUUCGACAUCUCCAGGCGAUCGACCUUCGUAUCUUGUACGCAGUGGCUCCAGGAUCUACGCCAGAUCGCGGAGGAAGGCAUCGUGGUCAUUUUGGUUGGCAAUAAGACGGACUUGACCGGGCAGGAAUUCGGAUCCAACCAAAGACAGGUCACUGUGGAAGAGGCCGAGGAAUGGUGCCGUCUGAACAACAUCGUGCGCUAUGUCGAGACGAGUGCCAAGUCUGGAGAUGGCGUUGAACGGGCCUUUUUAGAAGUGGCCGAGAGGAUUUACCGCAAUAUCGAAGCCGGUAGAUACGACCUCAAUGACCGACGCAGCGGAGUCAAAGGCUUUGGAGCCUCUGGAGGUGCCAAUACGGGAGUCCCGAGAACCGUAACUCUAGGCAUGGAUGAUGCGAUGCGCAAAGGCAGCGGCUGGUCUGGAGGGUGUUGCUAG